AUGUCAGCACACUCAAACAAUACCAAUCAGACGUUCUCUGCACGCGAGGUUGGUUGGGCUUUCGUCCGAGAUUAUUACAAGUAUUUCCAUGAAAAUCCAGAGAUUUUGCAUAAGUUUUACGAUGAACGUUCUAGCCUUGUUCGUGGUUUAGAGGGCGAAGAGGAAAAGAUUUGUCAAGGCUUACAGGAGAUCAAAAAGAACAUAGCCGAAAUGCACCUAAAGGAUGCGAAAGUAGACAUUAAUAACAUUGAUAGUCUAGAAUCUUCUGACAAUAAAGUGAUAGUUCAAGUUAUUGGUCAGUUUACAAACAACGGUCAAACUUGUAAAUUUGUCCAAACCAUUAAUCUUGAUACACAGCAAAAUGGUUAUUAUGUGCUGAGAGAUAUAUUCCGUUAUUUGAAGGAUGAACCUAAAGACAUCAACAAGUCUCAUCCAAUAGAUCGAGAGCCAGCAUAUAAUGAAGAUAUUACAUCCACGAUAACUGAGGAGAAAUUUAACGAUGAUUCUGUUUCUACUAUGUCAACGGGUACUAAUGCGGAAGAACUCACACAAGAAAUAAUUUCAGAAAUUCAAUCAAGAACUAACGUAUCCCAACCUUCAGCGAAAUCAACAGCUGAAGACACAACUAGUCUUGUUGUAGAAGAGGCAGCGCCUGAUAAUGAAACAAAAGAAUCUGUUCCAAUUGAUAAAGGCACUUCAAUCACUGUGCAAACGGAAAAGAACUCGACUAUCUCAAACACAGCGACACAGUUAACAUCACCUACCCAGGCGCAGUCAAAUUUAUCAUAUUCCAAUGUUGCCGCCAGCGAUAGUAGUAAAUGGGGCCAACAUAUUCCCGAGCAGAAAGGACGAGUUGUUCAACAAACAUUAACACGGACGCAUUCUCAAUCAUCAAAUAGAGAUCAGAAAGGCAAAGAAUUAUCAUUAUAUAUCAAAGGAAUUACACCUCAGAUGACUCAGGAAAAGCUUGCAGAGGCAUUUGAGUCCAUCGGACAAGUGAAAAGUUUAGAUCUCGUGCAUGCUAAAUCAUGUGCAUUUGUGGAAUUCAGUUCUCAAGAAGCUUAUCAAAAAGCACUCUCAAUGAAGACCAUUCAAAUUCCCGGUUUUGCAAAUGUUAUUGUUGAGGAAAGGCACAAGAACGAUAAUCGACCACGGCACCGAUCAAAUUACGAUAACCACUAUCAACGUAAUUUUAAUCCACAUAAUGGUAUGAACACACAACGUGGAGGUCGUGGUGGCGACAGACGUAAUACGUUUCCCCGCCCACCUGCCAAAUCCCCAUCUUGA